AUGUCUUCACAGCACGCGAAAUUCCUAGCGUCAAAGACGGUCGCAGACGUGUUGAGGGAGAAAAAGAUGGACCAGCCCCUGAUCGAUAUCCCUGUCACGGCGACCGUAGAGAAGGUCUUUGAGACGCUUCAAUCGAACGACAUUCUUUCGGUUCCCGUGUAUCGGCGCUUCAACAACGUGAAGGACUAUGUGGCGAUCAUUGACACAUAUGACCUUCUGUCGACCUUGGAGGAGCGCGGAUUUGCGGUGGAGAAUGGAACAAAGCCAGACAUGGAGUUCUUGUCGAUGCCAGUGGCGAUUCUGGUGGGGAUGACAAAGUCAUCGUCAAAGUUGUGGACGUGCCAGCCUACACUUCCACUUACUCAAUUGAUCGAAUUGUUCACGAAGCACAGAGUGCAUCGUAUUCUGGUGCUGGACACGAUCCCUGCAAAGCCUAACGCUUUCGAAAUCAAUAACAACGAGGACGACGAUAGUGCGGAAGCAGGACCUCGACAGGAGCCAAAGGGACAGCUGAUAUCGCAGACGGAUGUGGUUCGUUAUCUUUUGGGACAUAAUCAUGAAUUGGGACCGAUUCUGGAUUCUGCGGCGACGACGGCGGCUGGACAUGCCUUGCGGUUCUCGGAUGAGUAUUUGGAUACAGCCAAGGCAGAUCAGCUUAAGCAUGCGCCGGCAUUGAUUCCGAUGAAUAGUCCUGCGUGGGCUGCUUUGCAGAAAAUGGCGUCUACGCACGCUAGCUGUGUCGCCAUCGUUGAUUCCCACGGAGCGUUGGUGGCAGAGAUGUCGGCGGCGGAUCUGCGAGGGGUGAACCCAAGUAGGAUUCAGGAUUUGAACAGACCCGUGUUGGUGUACCUGAAGACAUCGCAGGGCGGCACUCUGAGGCCACCACUGAGUUGCAGGGCACAGUUUUCGAUGGGUCAGCUCCUCAGCGGUCUGGUGCUCAAUCAUGCACAUCGCUCUUGGCUGGUCGAUGAUGAGGAGAGGCCCAUUGGAUGCAUCUCUUUGAGCGACGUGCUGUCGGCGUUCCUAGCCUAG